GGCAAAAAACUCAAACGCACGGUAGGGUUGAGCCACGGCAUUGCGGUCAUAAUCGGGCUGGUUGUCGGCGGGGGAAUCUUCAUAACCCCUAAAAAAGUUUUAGGAAAUUGCAAUUCGGUGGGCCUUGCAAUUUUUAUGUGGGCUAUGGCUGGUGUUCUUUGUAUGAUAGGAGCCCUGGCGUUCGCCGAAAUUGGGGUAAGGUACCCCGUAACUGGCGAGAAGUAUGCCUAUCUGAAUAUUCUCUGCGGACCUUACUAUGCAUUCGCUUUCAUGUGGCAGUACGUUUUUUUGAUGAGGCCUGGAGGCAAUGCCAUCAAGGCGCUGAUGUGUGCAGAAUACAUCGUGAAGCCAUUCUACAGCCAGAGCAAAAUACCAAAUUUCGUUAUUCAGCUUGUGGCCACUCUUUUCACAGUAAUCGUGACGGCGAUGAACUGUUUCAGCAUCAAAGGAACUCUCAGGUCUCAGAAUGCCAUGAUUUGUAUAACACUGCUGUCUCUUGUGAUUUUGAGUGUAAUAGGGGUCGUCGAGCUUAUUAGAAGUAACGGCGAAAGCUUAGUCAAUCCUUUCCAAGAUUCCGAAAGCGAUCCAAACAAAUUGGUUGAAGCGUUCACUUCAACUAUCUUCUCGUACUAUGGAUGGUCUGCCUUGAACUUCUUGAUGGAGGAACUUAAGAAACCAAAGAGAAACCUCCCGUUGGCAAUCAUCAUUAGCCUGCUUAUGACGACGACGUUAUACGUUUUAGUGAAUAUUUCCUACAUCGGUGUCCUUGGCAAAGAUGACGUAAUUAAUUCAGAAGCCGUUGCUAUG